UGGCUCCUCCGGCUCCCGGGAAGCCGCGAGUUUCCGCAGGGAGGCGGCGGAGGAGGAGGAGGCGGCGGCUGCUGCUGUGGGUCUACAGCUCGUGCCCCCAGUCAACACUGCUCACAGUGAAGGUGACACCUUUCCUCCAGUUUCACAAAAUGAAUGUGACGUGGUUACCCAGACCAAGACCUAAACUUCGCAGAGAGCCCAGCCUGCUGUUCUGAUGCCGAAAGGGAGGCAAAAAGUCCCACACUUGGAUGCCCCCCUGGGCCUGCCCAUCUGCCUCUGGCUGGAAUUAGCCGGGUUCUUCUUUAUGGUUCCCUGGGUCAUGGGCCUGUCAGAGGCAGGUGGGCUUGACCCCUUGGGUGCAGGGGGGCUAAGCUGGGCCGUGCAUCUGGACAACCUAGAAGGAGAGAGGAAGGAAGAGAGUCUGACACAGCAGGCAGACGCCGUGGCCCAGGCAGCAGGCUUGGUGAAUGCUGGGCGCAUUGGAGAGCUUCAGGGGCACUACCUCUUUGUCCAGCCCGCUGGGCACAGGCAAGCCAUGGAGGUGGAGGCCAUGCGACAGCAGGCAGAGGCUGUGUUAGCCAGGCACGCAGCUGUGCGCUGGCAUUCAGAGCAGAGGCUGCUGAAGCGGGCCAAGCGCAGCAUCCACUUCAAUGAUCCCAAGUAUCCGCAGCAGUGGCACCUGAACAAUCGACGGAGCCCAGGCAGAGACAUCAAUGUGACAGGUGUGUGGGAGCGAAAUGUAACUGGGCGAGGGGUGACAGUGGUGGUGGUGGACGAUGGAGUGGAGCACACCGUCCAGGACAUUGCACCCAACUAUAGCCCAGAGGGUAGCUAUGACCUCAACUCUAAUGACCCAGAUCCUAUGCCCCACCCUGAUGCGGAGAAUGGUAACCACCAUGGGACCCGGUGUGCAGGAGAAAUUGCAGCUGUGCCCAACAACAGCUUCUGUGCAGUGGGUGUGGCCUAUGGGAGCCGAAUAGCAGGUAUCCGGGUGCUGGAUGGACCACUCACAGACAGUAUGGAGGCUGUGGCAUUCAACAAGCACUAUCAGAUCAAUGACAUCUACAGCUGCAGCUGGGGUCCAGAUGAUGAUGGGAAGACAGUGGAUGGUCCUCACCAGCUUGGAAAGGCCGCCUUACAACAUGGAGUGAUGGCUGGUCGCCAGGGCUUUGGGAGUAUCUUUGUGGUUGCCAGUGGUAACGGGGGCCAGCACAAUGACAACUGCAACUAUGAUGGCUAUGCCAACUCCAUCUACACUGUCACAAUAGGUGCUGUGGACGAAGAGGGGCGGAUGCCUUUUUAUGCAGAGGAAUGUGCCUCCAUGCUGGCAGUUACCUUCAGUGGUGGAGACAAGAUGCUUCGGAGCAUUGUGACCACUGACUGGGACCUUCAGAAGGGCACUGGCUGCACGGAAGGCCACACAGGGACCUCCGCUGCAGCUCCUCUGGCAGCUGGCAUGAUAGCCCUCAUGCUGCAGGUGCGGCCCUGCCUCACAUGGAGGGACAUCCAGCACAUCAUUGUCUUCACAGCCACCCAGUAUGAGGAUCGUCAUGCAGACUGGCUCACCAAUGAGGCUGGCUUCAGCCACAGCCACCAGCAUGGUUUUGGCCUGCUCAACGCUUGGAGACUCGUCAAUGCAGCCAAGAUCUGGACGUCUGUCCCUUACUUAGCCUCCUAUGUCAGCCCUGUGCUGAAAGAAAAUAAGGCUGUCCCUCGGUCCCCCCACUCUCUGGAGGUGCUAUGGAAUGUCAGCAGGAUGGACCUGGAGAUGUCGGGGCUGAAGACCCUGGAACAUGUGGCAGUGACAGUCUCCAUCACUCACCCACGACGUGGCAGCUUAGAACUGAAACUCUUUUGUCCCAGUGGCAUGAUGUCUUUGAUCGGCGCACCCCGCAGCAUGGACUCGGAUCCUAAUGGCUUCAAUGACUGGACCUUCUCCACUGUGCGGUGCUGGGGGGAAAGAGCAAGAGGCAUCUACAGACUGGCUAUCAGGGAUGUAGGAGAUGAGCCGCUCCAGGUGGGCAUCCUGCAGCAGUGGCAGCUGACCCUGUAUGGCUCCAUGUGGAGUCCAGUAGACAUCAAGGACAGACAAAGUCUGUUAGAAAGCGCUAUGAGUGGGAAAUACCUGCGUGAUGACUUCACCCUGCCUUGCCCGCCUGGGCUGAAAAUCCCUGAGGAGGAUGGUUACACCAUUACCCCUAACACCCUCAAGACCCUGGUGCUGGUGGGCUGCUUCACUGUCUUCUGGACCAUUUAUUACAUGCUAGAAGUAUACUUGAGCCAGAGGAACAUGGCUUCCACCCAAGGUUGCAGGAGCGGACAUUGCUCCUGGCCCCAGCGGAGCCAUAACUCCAGGGAGGUGGGGACAGAGCUAGAAUCAAUGCCUCUAUGCAACAGCAAGGACCAGGGUGGAGUCGAGUCGGAGAAUGGGGGCUGCACCACCACCUCUAGCUUCCUGGCCCCAGAGGUACUCAGUGAAGGAGACUGGAAUCUGUCCCAGAGCGGUAAGAGUCUCCUGGACCAUCCUCAGCACCAACCCCCAGACCUGCUACAGGUGAAGGAUGGACAGAUCUGCUGACCCCAGGACCCAGCAUCCUCCAUGUGCAACAGGCUCCUUCUCAAACUGGUGAUGAGGCUUCCAAUCAUGGAUGCUCAGGAGAGAAAAUGGUCCUGAUCUGGAAGCCAAGGCCUCUGAAGCAUUCUUGGUACCCUCAGGAGGACAAGGGCCAUCUUAAGAGCAGUGGUAGAAGACUGGUGAUCAUAGGUUCCUCUAGCUGAGCUUUGCUGAUAAGCCUUGGACAAGGGAUUGGCACCUACACCAGGCAGCCCUUGGUCUCACCCCUCUGAGGCUGGUCAGUGAUCUAGGCCACCAAGACCUCCACCCAUUCGUGAGUUAUGCAGACGCCUGUGUACCCACGAACACUCUCAACAGAAGUGUCAUUGUACAGAGGGCCCAGAGGAGGGGCUGGCAAAAGCCUGGGCAUGCCUAGCUCAAAAGCAGCUGCUCCAUUACCCUUUGCUGUGCAUCUGGUCCGAAGCCAAUCUCAAACCUGCCCUAUCCUUCACCGCCACACUCCCUUCCUGCUGAGGGUGAAGCUCCCGGGAGACUGGGAGGCAUGUGAUUCCCAGCACCCCUGCUGCCUCACUGGGGAGGUUGUCUGGUAGGACUGCAGAGAGCUGAGACACUAAUGUCAAAGACAGCUUGGGAGCCACUGCCUGUGACCGCCCUGUCUUCCUCUGCACAGUGCUCAGGGAAAUGGCCUUCAUUUCCAAGGCCAGCUGUCUGCCUGACUUUUCCUCCAUUCUUGGCCUUCUCCCCUUCCCAUCUUCUGAGCUGAUUGUUAAUCUGAAUUUUUUAAUGCUUAAGAUUUGAUUUUUACUUUUCACAGCAA